ACUCCCCCAAGAGCAUCACAACCGUCACCAAUCAUGUCCGACGAGACCAAGUCAUUCACGCUCCAAACCGCGUCCUUCGACGCCCGUUUCCCCAACCAGAAUCAGACCAAGCACUGCUGGCAGAACUACGUCGACUACUUCAAGUGCAUCAACGCCAAGGGAGAGGAGUUCGCGCCGUGCAAGCAGUUCUACAGGGCUUACCACUCUCUUUGCCCGAGUGAGUGGCAGCCACCACAGCAAUGCUACUGAAUUGGAGCCGUGUAUGCUGACCAAUCGCUACUCUGUCCUACGUCACCUCUCCCCUCUCGUAGAUGAGUGGGUGAGUAAGCUUGUUUCUCCAGCAGGCGAGCGCCACAACUUUACACCCAAGCGCUGACCACGACUUCUCAUCACCCUACGCUUAUCAGAUCGCCAAGUGGGACGAGCAGCGAGAGAACAACGCCUUCCCCCACAGCCUGGAGCCAUAGAUGGGCUACGGCCCAAGUGCAGUACUUGUUAGGGAAGGA